AUGAGGCCGUUAAGAGGGGUAACAAUUGAAGAGGAUGAAAGAAGCAACGCCUCUGAAAGUGGUGGUCAAGAUAGUGUACCAAUUGAUAGCAUGCAAUUUGUAAGUGAAGAUGUUGAAGAGAAUCCGAAUUUUCCUAAUGAGGCUUAUGUUAAUAAUGAAUAUGUUGAGUACGAAAAACUAUCCCCCGACGAGUUUGAAGAUGAUGAGUGGAUUCAUUCUUCUACAGUACAAGAUAUGUGCAUUGGCCAAAGUUCAACUCAUAGAGGCGAUGAUGACGUUCCUUUCAAAGUUGAUGAUUUAUUCGAGACUAAGGACCAAUUGGUUGCGAUUCGUGAUUACUCAAUCAAAAAGAAUGUCAAAUUCAAGCAAGUUAAAAGCAAUCGCAUAAGUUAUGAUGCAAUUCGUUUUAUGAAUACACAAAGGAAAGGUCGGGCCGAGAGAAACAAAGCUUAUUACACAUGCCCUUGGAAGUUAUAUGCAUUUGCCGGAAAGAAACGUAAUGGGCAUUUUAGGAUCAUAGAAUAUUACGGUGUUCACACAUAUAGCAAUCUGAUAUUAGAGCAAGAUCACAGUGGUAUAUCUGCCUCUUACAUAGCGUGGUUGAUUAUGCCAAAAUUAAAGAAGAAGUUUGAAUUAACUCCCAAUAAUAUAAUUGAGAGAGUGCUAGAUAUGAAGUUCAUUGAAAUAUUGUAUAGUAAAGCAUGGAAUGUAAGGAGAAUUGCGAUAACAAAAAUAUUUGGUGAUUGGGAGAAGUCUUACGCGACACUACCUCAAUAUCUUGAAGCGGCAAAAAGAAGCAAUCAUGGAUCUGAAUACAAACUCAUAACCAAAGAGAUCAAUCCGGGAGUUCAUCAAUUAACCUCUGUAUUUUGGGUAUUUGGUCCUUCGAUCGAGGGAUUUGAAUUUUGUCGGUUGGUUCUUAGCAUUGAUGGCACACACUUAUACGGUAAAUAUAAGAGUGUAUUUUUUGUUGCUACAGGAGUAGAUGUAGAUGGUGGCUUAUAUCCUUUGGCCUUCAUAGUUGUGGAAGUCGAGAACAGUGAAAAUUAA